AUGGGAAGUACAGUGUCGAAACAAGGAGGGAGGCAGCUAUCCAAAACCAUCACAGAAUCAGUUACAAAGCCGAUAAACCGAAGUGAGAUUGAUCUUUUAAACUCGCAGAAACAGUCAUUUCCACCGUCAGAUGGCACAGAUCAUCUACAUCACCCUAGCAACGUAGCUUCACCAACACCACUUACUGGCAACACACAGGUGGCACUAACUCCAGACGAACACUCUAACCAAGAGGCAACUGCAUUUAGGGCCAACACUGCAAGCUCAUUUGAUCCCCAAUUCUUGCACAAAAAGAUCGGUCGUCAGACAAGCAUAACCCCAGAGGGGAAAGAUGGAGGCGAUCCGCAUGAGCAGGGUACCUCUACCUAUGACAGAGGUUUCAUUGACUCAUUGAACCAACUAGGCAAGCAGAUCAAGACGGUUGAGUUCAAUCCCACAAAGGACAAGAAUGUUGCUGCUAUCAAACAGCUCCAGGAGAGGAAAAGACUUUUUGAGCUUGGAGAGCAAGAGGUGAAAGAUCAAAUGACGCAGAACAUCAACCAUGGAAAAGACGGGUUCAAAACAAUGGUGCAUCCGCAGACAUUGACUGCCAUUUUGAGGGAUAUCAAGGAUCCACGAGUAGAUAAUCAAACUAUAGCAAGAGAUUAUCAAUUGAAACCGGAUUUCUUAAACAAUUUAGGUGAUGUUUUCCAAGUACCAACCACUGUGAGGCAGUUUGAAGAGGAUACCAAAGCUGAUGAAGUGGGCCACAAGACUAUUCCACAACAGCGUCGCUCUAUUCAUGAAAAGCAAGAUGAAACAGCCAAUGAAACAGUUGAUGGCGAGACCUAUAAGAGAUUACAGAAGCGGUUGAGUUUGGAUGAUUGA